GUGUGUGUGUGUGUGUGUGUGUGUGUGUGUGAGAGAGAACACUGUCGCGGCGGAGCUUCUUCUGUCCGUGAAUCGCUGCACAUCACUUCCUGUGGACAGAUCGACGGUGUUGGACUGUCUCAGUGUCUCACUGUCUCUGCUGUAAAGACACUGAGAGAGAACAUCUGUUCAUGAUGUCAUACAGAGGAAAAAACGACUCGUGCCGCAUAUGUGGAGGUGCUCUCCAAGGCAACCAAAGGCGCUGGCUGUUUGGAGGCCACAACAAGAAGCCUGGUCAGCCUGGUCAGCCUGGUCAGCCUGAGACCCCGACAGAGUCUCUAAGAGGAGGAGGCGUGUUCCGCUCCUCCUGCAGCAGCCCCUGGGGCAGCACAUUAUCUCUUGGUUCUUCUGGGUCUCUCUCCAAGUCCCAUUCAUCGCUGAGCUCCCCGUCCAAAGCGGUGGAUCUGCUCUCCGUGUUGACCCAUAUCCUCGGCCAGUCUGUGCCACGGAACACUGAUCACGGGGAGUUCGUAUGUGGCAAGUGUGUCUGCGUCCUGGAGCGUGUGUUCAAGUUUGACUCUGUGAUAGCCCGGGUCAGGGUGCUUUCAUCAGAGCGGCUCCAGAAGCUGAUCCAGGAGAGGGACAAGAUCCGACAGUGGGUGCGCCAUAACUACUGCCAGAGACACCCGCGGGACUUCCACAGCCGAGGCAGCACCAGCGAGGAAGAGGGAGACGCAGAGAAGGAAGGCUACAGGGAAAUGCUGAGAGAGAAUAUGGCUCUGUCAGAGUACGAGUGCUGGUCUGAUAAGUGGGACACGUGUCCCUAUUUCAUAAGAACAGGUAAAAGAUGCAGAAAGGGCAAAGGGUGCGAGGGCUGUGACUCGGUACGAGUGUCCGACUCAGCAUAUGAGUCUGUUUGUGGAGUUCCUCGCCGCUUGACUAUGCAACCCUUCUCCCCGUUGGCGUUGUCGCGGGACAAAUCCCAGAGCAUGCCGCUGCACUGGCACAAGGUUCCAUUCAUCAGCUCCAGCCCGGCGUCGCUGGCCGGAUCCAGAAUGUCCUCACGAGCGUCCUCCCGUGCCGGCUCCGUUCAGUCUUUGGACUCCCUUGAUGGCAAUGACCCAUUUGACUCACCAGGUGAUCACACAGUCAACUUUGUGCUUAAGGAGCUCAGAAGGGUUGAAGGGAAGCCGGUCAGUUCUCCAUCAGGGAGCAGGAUCCCAGUUCUGGGCAAGAGGGACGCGAGGUUCUCUGGAAAAUCUCCGUCUGUGAACAGGGUGCUGACGUUUGGUGAGGUGGGGAAUGGAGAGGAAGACGUAGAUGAAGAGGACGGGGACGUCUUAACAAAGCUGAGGGAUGAGUUCAUGCCUCUUCAUCCAGAGCGCACUGGUGUCAGGGGCCAUCGUGCGGUCAGGCACCUACGAGGCCAGUUGGACCAAGCUCUGUCCCAGAUCAGGAUCUUGAAGGCCGAGCUGGAUCACGGCAGACGAGGAAAACCCACUGAAGUCAACGGGUCAGACUGGACACAUCUGCUUCAGGAGGAGGGUGGCAGCAUCAGCAGCAGCAGCAGCAGCAGCAGCAGCAUCAUCAUCAGCAGCAGCAGCAGCAGCAGCAUCAUCAGCAGCAUCAUCAGCAGCAGCAGCAGCAGCUCCCUGCUGCAGAGCCUGGGUUCCGCCCUGCACAGCCGCGAGCGCCUGAUUCAGGAGUGUAUGACUCUGAUCAGAAGACUGUGUGAGGAGGAGGGAGGAGCCACGCAGCUGACUGACAAACUCACCGAGAAUCUGAGGGAAAUUCUCUCUGACAACAAGGCCGCUCUGCACACGCUGAGGACGGAAAUCACAGAGAAAGAAAAUAGUAUGAAGAAAGAGAUUGAGGCGCUGAGAAAGGCUGGGAGAGACCGAGAGAGAGACCUCGAUAUACUCACCACUGUGCUCCAGUGCAACCAGGAUGUUAUCAAGGACUUGCAGGUGGCCCUGGCGGAGAAGGAGCAUCUGCAGGAGGAGGUGGAGAAAGAGCGGGAGCUGUGGAGACAAAGGGACCAGGCCCUCGCUGCUGUCCAGCAGGAGAAGGACGCUCUGAUCCGCUUCCUCAAAGAGGAGCUGCACAACCCUCAGAACAAUGUGCAGGUGAGCCGAGCAGCCUUGUUGGGAGAAAGAGAGGUAAACAGCGCCACCUUGUGCCAGGAGGUCACUAAGCUCACCACAGCCCUGCAGGAAUACCAGGACAUGGUGCAGAGUCAGCAGCAGAAAUACAGCGAGACAGUGUCUUCUCUGAGGACUCAACUCCGGGACACUCGGCAGGACCUGAGGGAGAAAGAGAAGGAGAAGAAGGAGGCGGAGAGAUCCUGGCAGACCACCAGAGAGGACGGAGAGAGAGAGGACAGGAAACUGAGGGACAGUUUGGACAAGAGAGAUAAACUCAUCGAGCGUAUCCUGUUGGACGCUGAGGAGCGAGACCGUGUGUUCAGAGAGCUGCAGCUGAACCUGCACAACAAACCUCACCCUCUGACUGCCGUCAAACACACUCUGUGAUCACUCAUACUUUUAUACUCACAUGCAGCAGCUGCGACCUCGUCGUGUGGACAGACUUCAUGUUUAGCAGCGUGUCCUGUGACCACAUUUACUCUCAUGUGUUCAUGUGAUACUAACGUUUGUAAUCGCCUCGUUUAGAAGGAGCAGGUGUUUUCUUCUUUUUUGAGAAUCAGUGCAGUGCUCGUCUUAUCACUGUCUCAUUCAGUCAUAUUUUUGUGUACAGUGCUGGUUUGCACUUUCAUUUUCUGCUUUUAGAUUUGUCUCAUUAUUUUAACUGUCUUGUAAUUAUUGUGAUAUGAUUCUCACGUCUGUCCAUCAGGGUUUGUUUACAUGUCUUUACAUGUCCAUUUGUUUUGUCGGGGACAUUUUCUGCGUCUUCUUUCUUUUAGCUGAGAAUUAAACACUUAUGUCUAUA